AUGUCGACGUCCACCUUCAAGAACAAAGUCACCAUCACCCACAUCGGCACCGCCACCGCCAUCCUCGACAUCGACGGCAUCACCUUCCUCACCGACCCCUUCUUCUCCCCCGCUGGCACCGAGUUCAACGGAUCCGCAGCCAUUCUCAAAGUCCACGAGGACCCAGCUCUGAAGCUAGACCAACUACCCCACAUCGACGCCAUUCUCCUCAGCCAUGAGAACCACCCCGAUAACCUCGACGACUUAGGACGUCGACUCGUCGAUGGCCGCCACGUCGUAACCACCAACGAUGGCGCGAAGAAUCUUGCACCGCGUCCGAGUGUCCUCGGGUUUAGUGACUGGCAAGAAAGAGACGUGCGGAUCGCAGGGACUACGUUCCAUAUCACUGCUACGCCUUGCAAGCACUGGCCCGGACACGAAUGCGUCGGCUUUGUCCUGCACACCGAAAGCUUCGGCGUCGCAGCAGACGGCCGUCCAAACGCAAUCUACUUCUCCGGCGACACUGUAUACAUCGAAGAGCUCGCGAAGAUUGCGGACAAAUACCACAUCACUGUCGCUAUCAUGAAUUGCGGUAAAGCGACCUUCUACGAGUUCACCGACGAAGGUAAACCGGGGCAGCCAGGCGAUGCUUUACAGAUUACUAUGGAUGGUCGGCAAGCGGCUCACCUUCUUAAGGAUCUGAAGGCUGAUGUACUGGUGCCGAUGCAUUAUGAGUCGUGGGAUCAUUUCAAGCAGGGUGGUGAUGGGCUUGCGAGGGAGUUUGAGGAGGAGGGGGUUUUGGAGAGGGUGAGGUGGUUGAAGCCUGGGGAGGCUGUUGAGAUUAAUUGA